AUGAAGCUCAUGUUCAAAUCCUGCUUCCAGCAGCAUACUUGGUUCAACCAAGUCUGUUGUUAUCCAGUAUGUUGUCCUCCAGUCUGUUGUUAUCCAGUCUGUUGUCCUCCAGUCUUCUGUUGUUAUCCAGUCUGUUAUUAUCCAGUCUGUUGUUAUCCAGUCUGUUGUCCUCCAGUCUGUUGUUAUCCAGUCUGUUGUCCUCCACUUCUAGAAGUUUCUCUAGUCCUGACCUUGACAUUUCUUAAUACUUGA